AUGACGCUGACCAUCCACCCAUCCAGAUAUCAAUCAUUCCAAGACGAGAAGAAGAUAUAUUUAUUGUUUGAGUACGUGGCAGGUGGAGAGGUGUUCACGCAUCUUAGGAGGUCGGGCAAGUUCAACGACAACCUGGCCAAGUUCUACGCGGCAGAGAUCGUGCUCGCUCUGGAGCACAUGCACAGACACAACAUUGUCUACCGUGAUCUGAAACCGGAGAACCUGCUAAUAGACCACCAGGGCCACAUCAAGAUCACCGACUUUGGCUUUGCCAAACGUGUAAUAGAUAGAACAUUCACUCUCUGCGGAACGCCCGAGUAUCUGGCGCCCGAGAUCAUCCAGUCGACUGGACAUGGCAAAGCAGUCGAUUGGUGGGCACUAGGCAUCUUGAUAUUUGAAAUGCUCGCCGGAUAUCCACCCUUCUAUGACGACGAUACAUUUAAGAUAUAUGAAAAGAUACUCAAGGGCAGGAUCAACUUCCCAACCUUCUUCGACCUGGACGCAAAGGACUUGAUUAAACGACUGCUGACCGCUGAUAGAACACGCCGACUUGGUGCAUUAAAGGAUGGUGCACAAGAUGUAAAGAAUCACAAGUGGUUUUCCAGUAUCAACUGGGAGAAUUUGUAUAAUAGGACGGUGCCAGGACCGUUCGUGCCGCAGGUACAGUUCCAGGGCGACUCGUCCAACUUUGAGAUGUACGAAGAGGAACCAAUGUGCGACUUCACACCGCCUGGAUUCGUCGAUCCCUACGCCCAACUAUUCAAGGACUUUUAA